UCAAAACAUUUAUAUUUGUUUAUCUGUCUAGAAUGCACUUCUCUUUGUCAAUCAACAUACUUUCCUCCUCUAGCAAACCAUUUCUUGAUGAUCCAAAUCUAGUUUAUGCCCCUUCUGUCCCCUGAUUCUUCCCUGUCCUGUCCCUAAUAUCCAUUUGGCAAACCCUAACCUCUUCUUGUCCACCACAUUUUUUUGUUUAGCUAUUGUAGAGUGCAGGUCCUCUGGAAAAGGACCAAGCUCCAUGUGGGUCCCAGGGUGUGCUCUGAAAGAUGCAGAAAUCUUGUGGAAGCAAAUCUGGCUGAUGUGAAUAGAAUACCAUCUGGGAACGCUAGGCAUGCUUCCCUGAGCUCUCUGGGAGGAAGGUGGGAUAUACGGUAAAUGAAAUAAAUAUGUGUGAAGUAGUGUUAGUGCUAGCUGUAGAAGGCAUUCAUUACACAAUAACACAAUCUUCUCCAUCACAUUUUUUAAAGAUCUGCUCACAUCAACUCUAGCCCAUGGAAUAGAUGAAGUGGUGAUAUGAAUGACCCAAAACCAGACACAAAGACUGACCAAAGAGGCGACUCAAAGGGUAGCUCCAAAGGAGACCAAAAGACUGAUCACAAGGGUGACCAAAAGGCUGACCAGAAGCCCAGCCCAAGGGCCUCCCCAGUGAAAAGUGUAGACUAUGCACAAAUCAAAGCCAAGGCACCAAGAGUUCUGGCAGACAUGGUACAAAUGCUUAUCCUUUGGCGGAAAAUGGGCUUCCAUGUGCCACGAGGGGUCAAGAAUAUCUUUGAGUUUACAUGGGAUGAGCUCCUGGUGACACCACCGAGAAAAUCAUUUGCUGGUUUAUAUUGUCCUGUGGUCAAGUUUGCUUCCACGGAGGACGCUGAUAUUUCCUCCACUCCUACUUCAAGAGCUCAGAAGGUGGGUCCAACACCCUCAAGGUUAAAAGCGAAUUAUGUGACCCCUUCAUCUGAAGACCAACAGAUGCUUCUCAAAUUCCAAAAACGGUCUGUCCAUCUCCUCACUGAACUCUUGAAGAUGAAGAUGAAACUAAUGAUUGAAGCAGCUGCUGGCCCCAGUGUUGAGGAGAUUGCAAGGAGGUUUUUGGAAGGUGGCCAAAAUCUGAUCCCGAAAACACGUGAAGAUGCAGCUGAAUUCACACCCAAAGAACCUAGGAGGAGAGGACGUGGUAUGGCACCAAUACUUCCAGCGAUUCCUAUUUCUUCCACCACCCAGCUUAUACAGCAAAUGUCAAUGAACUGUCUUUGCUUUCAGUUGUCUAUGAAAGACACCAAGCCGCAAAAGAGCGCAGGAAGACUUUAGGAGAGUUCUUUCCAUAUAUAUAUAUAUAUGUAUGUAUGUUUUCCAGGUAAAGCUUAUGAUGAGAGACUUGACCCGUGUCCUGAAGCUAGGGAGUUGCUCCGAGAAAUUUGCCGGACUAUAGCGGAAGAGAGGAAUGCAGCCAUAACAAAAGGCCAUACGAGGCCCCUAAUCCUGAGAAAUUACAUGACAAUCCACAGAUCACCGUCUCAGGCCUUGAAAAGGGCUUCAGUGUCCCUAAUAGCUACUGAGGUCCGGCGUAUGAAAGGGAAGAAGUUAUUCUUUUCCUUUCCUGAUGGAACAUCCCUGAUAUUUUACCCAUCAGGAAGUGUUGCUGUCUACCAGUUUCCCAUAUGCUGUGUAGGAAAAACCAUCACCCUUCUGUUUCAGGAUGCUCCUAGUCAAACGCUUCUAGGUACAAUUACGUCUCAGGGUCAUUCGUGGAUACGCUAUUGCUUUAAGGCCAGCUGUUCAAUAGCACUGAUGAUGAAUAAUGAAGGAGGGAGCAUUAGAGACAAGGAUGGCUAUUUAACCCAGCACUGGAGCUGGUAUUCCAAAAACCAGAUUCUGCAGUCGUUGGACUAUCAGAUAAAUGAACAGCUAAAACUCAAGGUUGUUAAUCAAAAUUCAAUGACAAUUACCUUCACCGAACAAAGUGAAAGCAUCACCUUGUCUUUGGUAAGAGAGGGAUGCACACAUAGAUCCAAAUCUGAUAGGCAGCCAACUGGGAAAAGCACAGAUAGUGGUGACCAGGAAGGACAAUGGGUCAGAGCCUUAACAGAGAUUAAGAAGAGGUUUGAGAAGAUAGUGAGACAAUUUAUAAAUGGCAUUUUGAUGGUCUCAGGGAUAUGUUGUGUAGACUAUCCAAUUGACCUUGCCCCUUCAAAGCAAGUGAAGUUUUUGUUAAAGGAACCAGUACUUCUGGCCUGGGAUCGAGUUGAUACCAGACCUUUGGCCGCUAAACGGAGAUCAGUUGUCAAGCCAUAUCUUACACGGAAUCUUGCCUUUGAUAAGCCUUUCAGGGGGAAACAUAGGCCUCCUUCAAGGAGCAAAGGAGAGGUGUCUGCAGCUAAGGAUGCAGUUCGUCCACCAGAACCUUGGGCAAUUUCUCUUGCUGACUGUCCGGUCGUGCUACACAAAAUUAUGUCUAAAGUUGGAGAUGAUUUAUGCUGCAGGUGUGUGGUGAAGAUCCCAUUGAUUACAGACUUGGAAUUUGAAAAGUUUAUUACUGCCCCAAGAGACCCUGAUCAGGUCAUUGUGAUCUGUGUGAUCUCGCCUCAAGAUCAUUCCUACUCCCCUUUCUUUGAGUGGUCCAUCGAAAAUCUGUACAUACAAAUGCAACAUGGCCGUCCCUCACCUUGUAUUCAGUGCAAGCAUGAUCCCUUCCGCUUCCUGAGAUAUGAUCUUGAGUGCCCUCUAAACAAAAAUCCUCCUCUGCUGGUGCAGAAGCAUGCCGUUGUUCCUGGAAUGGUGGUAAUGUAUGCUGGAGGGAAGCCAGUCUUUGGGGGCUGUGUUUUCAACGGAUACAGCUUCAGCAAGAAAGACCUGCUGAAGCAGAUCAACCAAGUUUGCCUUGACUGCAAGAUGGGCCACUUCCUGCCACAGAGCUUCAAAUUUAGUCCCACUUUCGAAGAUCCAAAGAAGGUCUCUGUCCCUGCCUUGGAAAGUUUUUAUAGUGAGCCUUUGCCUCUGGAAGAGCCCGUUCGCGAGCAGCAGAAAGAGACAGAGAAGUCAAAACGUGGAAAGAAAAAAGCAAAGAAAUAGCAUACUGAGACUGGAAAGAUUUUUUGUUGUUGUUGACAUUGUGUAUAUAGAUAUAUAUAUAGUAUCACACACACUUAAUGUACCCAUAUAGAUGCAGCUAACUAUAUUUUAUUCAUUAUGAAGAAAGAGCCCACAAUGGACAGCCUUGGUUUCUUUCAUUCCAUACAGAAGGUUGCCUUUCUAAAACAUAUGGAAAUCACUUCUCCAAACAGGCAGUGAGAGUUCUUGCAGUAAUCAUUUGCAUCAAAUGUCUGGUUUCCCUGUGUACCAAAGUCCCAACACUUUGAAAUGGAAGCAAAGUCAGAGUGGUAUCAUCCAAAUUUGGAAUAUGUAAGACAAAAGGGCAGGAGGGGAGGUUCCUCAGGAUGACAAGGGAAUGGAGGAGAUGAGCCAAAACCAGGAAAGUGAGAUAUCAGUUUUAAUGUUAGCUAGAAGUGAAUUUACCUUCUUAGUUUUCCAUUUACAUGUGAGGAAGAAGGAACUACAAUAGCGUGGACUUGGCCCAGCUGAAAUUUAGGGUACGGUAUUCAUUUUCACAAGAAGAGAUCAGUGUUAGUAUCCUCCCCCACAUGCUAUUCUUCUGCGUGCCAUGAGGGUCCCUCUCCUCCCCCCCCCAAAGCAUUCAGACAUGAGCUCCCCUCCACCACCUUCCCUGUCACAGCCUAAAAUGUUACAAUUUAGGGAAAAUAUCACUCAAUUCUGCUCUGAAUGUUCCACAUGCAUGUGGCUCUCAGAUGGUAAAUGAGAAUAAGCUGUGCCAAUUUCACAUUAGACCAAGCUCAGGUGAGCCAAAGCUGCUUCAUUCGAGAAACUACAGAAGGAUUCCUGUGGAAACACAACAGCAUGGAGUAGAAUUGUCAUAUGUCUGUAAACUUCUUAGUUGCCUAUAACCUCUUUCCUGCAUUAUAUUAAAAGUAACAUGUUUAUCAAGUGGGUGGAAGCAUCAUUGGGAGGCCAGAGCUUCUGAAAACCCUUGAGAGUCAUGAGUGAGACUAGGUCAGGUGCCUUUCAGCCUGGAGCUGCAACCAUAGAAUCAUAGAAUUGUAGAGUUGGAAGGGACCCAAAAUGGUCAUCUAGUCCAGCCCCAGAAAUGCAUUAAUCACACCUGAAGAAUCCCUGAAAGAUGGCCAUCCAGCCUCUGUUUAAAAACCUCCAAUGAAGGAGCGACCACCACCUACUGAUGCAGUCUGUUCCACUGUCAAACAACAGCUACCACCAGGAAGUUCUUCCUAAUCUUGGAAUCGUAUUGGCUACACCAGACCUUCAAUAACUGGUAGUAGUUCUCCAGACUGAGUGAAUGAGCAGUAAAAUGGCAAAUGCAAUUCAAUGAAAACAAGUGUAAAGUGAUGCAUGUUGGAUCAAAACAAUCUUAAUUUCACAUCACAUUCAUGGGGUCUGCACUAGAGGGAGCGGACCAGGAGUGAGGUCUUGGGGUCAUAGUAGAUCGCUUAAUGAAGAUGCUGAUGUAGUUUGUGGCUGCCAUGAAAAAGUCACAUUACAGGCUAGGGGUCUUUAGGAAAAGAACUGAAAAUAGUACUGUGUUCAGUUCUGAUAACCUAUGAAGAAAGGUUCCAGUUGCUGAGACUUUUUAGUUUAGAGAAAAGGUAAGAGGUGACACGACAGAAGUUUAUUAAAUUAUGC